GAAUCUGGUGUCGAGGGACUUACUAGUCUUCCAGAAGGGACGUUAAGAAACAACAAGAAUCUUGAAUCUCUGAAUAUAAGCGACUGUCCGGAGUUAAGUUGCAUUGCUCCCCAUGGAUUUAACUGCUACGCAUCUCUUCAGAUACUGAGAAUUAGGAAGUGUCCUAAGUUGAGGUAUUUAUCUGAUGGGCCACUCCCACUCUCUCUCAAGGAGUUGGACAUACAAAAUUGCUCCAGUCUAGAGUCUCCCAUCCCUGAGCAAGGCGGUCUCCCAUCUCUGCGCAGAUUGCAAAUAUCCGAGUGUUCUCAGUUAUCCAGUUUACCUGAUGGGCUACAAUACUGCACAUCUCUUCAAGAACUGGACAUAGGGAGCUGCCCAAAGAUAACAUCCAUUCCAAUUCCAUCUGCGGGCCUCCCGUCCCUUGGUCGACUGGUGCUUAUGCAGUGUCCCGAAUUAUCAAGCCUACCGAGUGGACUAGGGUGCUGCACCUCUCUUGUUGAUUUGACGGUAAGAGAGUGCCCUAAGGUAACAUCCAUUCCAAUUGGCAGUCUCAGUACAACCCUCCGAUACUUGUCUGUAAGUAAUCCAGAGUCUCUUCCAAUUUUACACGGCGGCUUCACAUCCCUCCGUGAAUUGCAAAUCAAGAGAUGUCAAAGUACACAAAUUGAUCUGCGAUUUUGUCAAAUCCUCGUCUCUCUUGAGGAUUUGACAAUAAGUAAUUGUCCUAAUCUAGAGACUGUUCCAAGUUUAGACAAGCUCACAUCCCUCCGUAGAUUGGAGAUUUAUGAUUGUUCCAGAUUAACAUGUCUACCCGGUGGGUUAGCAAUGGCAUCCCCGCAUGUAUUCACCCGUCUCAAGUACUUGAGAAUUGGUCCGUUUUGGAAUGAGCUGGAUUCAUUCCCGGCUCUUCAGGUUCUACCACAACUUGAAUCAUUAUGGAUCUACGGGUGGCCGAAGCUCAAGUCUCUGCCUGAACAAAUUCAACACUUGACGUCUUUGACCGAAUUGGGGAUAAAUGAGUUUGAGGGAGUGGAGGCUAUUCCAGAAUGGUUGGGAAACCUUGCAUCUCUUCGCUCCUUGUAUAUUUGGGAGUGCAAGAAUCUGAUGUAUCUACCUUCCGUCCAAGCUAUGCAACGCCUCACCAAAUUAGAUUCGCUAUACAUCUCCAAUUGUCCCCUUUUGAGCGAAAGAUGCACUGUGGACAGCGGCCCAGAGUGGCCUAAGAUUUCUCAUAUUCCACACAUCUAUGUUUAUAAUUGAGACAGGUGGUUGCAUAAACAGUUGAAGCUAUUAGAUAACAUCAGUCAAGAAUAAGAGGUGCCUACCGGAGUAUCUCAAUUAGGAAUUGCUUCAAGUUUCACAUCGACUUACUUACUGUGUUCGGUGUGCUGUAUUUACAGGACCAUCUACAAUUUUAUCUGUGACACACCAGCUGCAAGAUAAACAUGUAUGUGUCCAGUUGCAGAAGAUUACUUAUGUUCUAGCUCUAAAGGUUCAGGGGCAAGCAUUCCUCGUUUCUUGAACUUUUGCGUUGAAACAAGG